UUGCAUGUUAUUUUACCGGGGUUUCCUUUUCAAUCUCGUCCAAUAAUUCUGGAACUCCCGCCAUUGCGCUAAACCUCUCGCAUACCCUAAUUUCCCUUCAACUCGCCCCAUUUCUCUCACUUUGACUGCUCCACCGUCUUGCUCCUCAUGGCUGCAGAGAUCCCUUUCGCGGCUCCGGAUCUUAUUUCCCCAAUCUGCGAUCUUUGUCCCACCGCGAGCCCCGAUGGCGACAACCCUGGUGCUUCUGGGGAGAAUGCUAGAAUGGUUAAGCCCCGGUUUUCGCCGUUGACUGUCUCUGCCACUCCCAGGAGCAAGGAAAACACGAAUUCCGCCUCGCUCGAUGGGAUCUGCAAUUCAACACUUAGAUCGGGGCAUACUUGGAAGAACCGGCUGAUUGAAAAUGGCGGCCCGAGGCGCUCACCUAGAACGGCGGCGAGUUUGCCAGAACUGUCCUCUGAGAAGAAAAGGUCAAGUUUGUCGGCCGAUCUACCGACUUCUGAGCGUUUAAGGGACUUUUCAGGUUCCAAGUUGAAGAAAAAUUCUUCUUCAAGUUUAAAGAAUCUGGAUCGUGUUAAUGGAUCUGCACGCUUCAUUGGUGAACCUGUGCUCGAUGAGGAAGCUAGGCGGAGGUGGCCUCAUCAUUAUGUGCGCCAG